AGAGGGGCAGAAAGAAAAGGGGGUGGGGAAGAAUCAAACGUACGCAUCAAUUUGUACAGUCUUCAGCUGCACCCCGUUUUCUGCGCCGAUUUCAGGGGGGAGCGGCAGGGAAAACGCAGCGUUAUUUGCGAAGCCGCAACAAUGUAAAUCUUUCCGCGCAUCGAGUUGCCUGUAUGUUUGAACGCGUGUAGGUCAAUGUACAGUACGAACGGCGGCAGGAGCGAGAGAGAGAGAAAGAAAAGGAGGGACGCAUCGCUGGAUAUUAUAGGUUUCAAAUAUUUACUGAUAGGCAGCCUGUAGGUCAACCAUUCAGAUUGUGGUCACAAUUCUGCUUUCUGUAAUGGCUGACUGGAAGGAACGUACUACAUAGAGAGCUAGUCAUGAAGACCCGAACUCACAAAGAAUCGGUGAGGGUUUUGCGUACUGAGAUCUGACAAAGAUGCCCGCUCGCAGUGGACGUAGGAGGGGGGGCAGCGAGGAAAGGAGGGGUAGACGUCCGCACCCUAGCCCCUCUCGAGCAGAGCGCAAUGAAAGGCAAACACAAAGAACUGCUGGAGAGGAACUCUCUGUUGGACGAUUCAGCCGACGAUCUCAAGGUCAUGAUUCAUCAGAAAGUGAAGGGGAGGAGCAUCUGCCACCACCCAAAAGACAGAAAGUCCAGGAUUCCUCCAAUCCUUCAGCACCGCCUAUUGCAACUAACACUCCGACUUCAGCUCCACCUCCAACAUCAAGCAACAGUCAAUCAAGAGAAAGUGACAAUGAGGAUGGUCAAUCACAAGGAAGUCGGAGCUCAGUAGGAGGCAGUUUAGCCAAUAGUAGCAGUAGCAUAAGCAGUGGUCGGGAUAUUGACCAGGACAAUCGAUCCUCCUCUCCAAGUCUCUCUGCUUCCCCCUUGGCUAGUUUGGAUUCUGAAUCUGACUCUCCAGAUUCCCCUAAGCAAGGUGACAAAAACAAAGAUGGAGGGGGAUCAAAGUGUGUAGCAGAAGAGCGGAGAGGUUCAGGAAGGAGUGAGGAUAGCAGACCAGAGGACCAGAAGGACAGUGAAGGAGGAAUGGAGGGAGAUUUGUCUCCAUUGAAGUCCUCAGCAUCCCUCUAUACAUCUCAUCAUGGAAUGGUGGAGAAUACAAAUGAUGCAAGUAGCAACAGGAAGUCAUACUUCCCCCUGGAUUCCAAAGUUGCAAGCAAGCUAGAGUAUACAAGUCCUAGUGGUCCUGAGGUGCUACACACCAGCAGUCGCAUCCCUCCUAAAACAAGCACUCAGUGUGGGAAACCUGGGGUGGGUGGAGCGGAAUAUUCCCAUGGGAAUUCAAAUGUAAGCCACGCAUCACCACUUCCACCUCCACCUGCCCUGAAACCUCUAGAGGUGGGGCAGAAUGCUCCAAGUGGAGACAGUAAAGCAGAAAAACCAGAGAAAGGUGAUAAGUCUGCUCCACCUUCCUUGCUUCCGCAAACUAGUACCAUUCCCCAGCAGCCUCCUCCUCCCAACACUCAUCAUUACACCCCCACCAGCUGGUCAGGGGGACCUCCCACUAAUUGUCCUGGCAACUGGGGAUAUGUACGUUACCCAGGUAACCACCACACACAUCCAAGCCAGCAGCCCCCAGUACAGCAACAGCUGCCUUCAGUGUACAAUACUCCUUCAUCCACUCGACACUCUUCCCACCCACCUUACCUUUCUCACCCUCAUCCGCAUCCACACAAAGAGUUUCUGCCCAGGUAUGGCACUACAGCUGAGCGAGAGAGGGCAGGGAGGGAGUUUGGUAACAGAGAUUUCCCUGCUAGUAAUAGCAGUAGCAAUGCAAACAGUAGCAGUGGUAGCAUCUGUGGUAGCACUUCUGGUAGUGGUGGACCCAACUCUAAUGUGAGCCGAGAUUUUGGGACCUCUAUACCUGGACAAAGCAGAGAUUAUGCCUCAAACCGGGAUGGACCUUCAGGACCACAGAGUGGUCGGGAAUAUGGACCAGGGUUUAGAGAUCGUGAACGAGGGACUGGAAGAGAAUUUCCUUUGCCAAACCAGCAACUUCAAGCACAGGGCAGAGAGUUCGGACCUGAAAAUACUGGAGGGGGAGGAUGUCAUCCAAGAGACAAGGAAAGUAGGUGGGGAGAGUUAUCAAGCCAGGUUAGGGAGACAGGGAGUAACAGUUAUGCUGGUAAUGCCAACCAAGCACCUGUUGGUGCCCAGUCAUCUGCGUUACCUUCAACGACCCUGGUGAACCGUGACCCAGCCAGUUCACCACAGAACAGUACUAGUCAUCCUUCUUUUUCCACUGCAAAUUCCAUCCCUCCAAACAGAGACUAUUCCUCUCCUAUGGAUGCAAACGUGCAAGGACAGACUCCCCAAACAUCCUCCAAUUCUGCAGACCUUCCUCCCCCUCCACACUAUUUAAGAGAGUACCCCCCUCCUGGAGCAAAGGAUCCCUACCCCCUUCCUGGAUCAUCCUCUUCAUCUGUCCCAAUUUCUGGUGUGCCGAGGGAGUUCCCAAGCCCACCUGGAUUGGCCCCAAAUCUUACUCGGGAGUAUCCUGGAGGACCACUUCCACAUCACUCUCACUAUCCUGGCCAGACAGGGUUGCCUAUGCAGCAAAGAGACAGAGAGCGGGAAAAGGACAGCACUGCAUCUUCUCUUCAUUCAAAUCGUAAUCAUCCCCCAUCUCUUUCUCCUUCAUCAAGUGGCUCUGGCACUGGACAUGGACAUCCCACAUCUUCUUCCUAUCCCCCUCCACCUCCUCCACCCUCAACUAGUUCACAUGGUCAGCCUCCACCCAUUGCAUCCCUUCCAGGCAACCAUGCUCGACAAGGCCCAUAUUCUUCAUCUAAUCAGACUCCACCAACUCCACUCUCUCCUCUGCCCAGUCCCUCAAACAAUCCAAUGGGAGGUUUUACUUUUCCAUUAACCUCUGCUCCUUCUGUACCACUUCCUGCAUCAGGUGUGUCCACCUCUUGUCCAUCAGGUUGCAGACCUACUCCUUACCAUGGCACUUUAAGCAGUCAUACUCCAUUCAAUAGCUCUUACCAUGGCAACGGAAACCAUGGAAAUAGCAAUGCCAGUGGCAAUGCUCCCAACAACAGCAAUAGCACUAGCACUCCAUCACUUCUGCACUCCCCUCAAAACAAUAAAGUACAACCACAUAUUGGUAACGCUGGCCAUAACAACACUACUUCAGCCUCCAGCACAUCUCUUGGGGGAGAUGGUCACCCUGAUUCAUCUUCUGGCCCAGUGCCACCAACUGUCAUCAAAGAAGAGCCAGUAGAGGAGAGGGAGGAAUUAGAGAGCCCACCUCCAGUUCUCCGAAGUCCUUCCCCAGAACCAAAACCUGUUGACAUUCCAAUCCAUGCCAGCCAAUCAGCUCGGUUCCACAGGGUUCUUGACCGAGGAAGUGGGAACUCUUGUGCCCGUAGUGAUGUUCUGUUUGUUCCCCUUGAUGGUUCUAAACUUUGGAAGAAACGAAAUGAAGCCAUAGAACGUGCACGUAGAGAAGUUGAACAACGAGCAAGAGACCUGCGAGAGAAAGAGCGGGAACGAGAGAGAGAAAAGGAAAGAGAAAGAGACCUGGACAGACAUCUGCAGCAGAAGGACAGUGGCACAAGUGCUGGUUUAGGAGCUGCAGGGGCACGCCAGGGUUCUUCACUCUUCUUUCCUUCCUCCUCCUCCAUCCUUCUAGACCCUUCAUCAUCUUCAUCGUCCUCUGUGAACCCAUCCCACCCAGCAGUUCAUCCACAGCACCACCCCGCCCACCAUGCCGCCCACCCCCACCACAUACACCCUUCUCAUCCUCUACAUCCCUCUCUUUCUCACUCCAUUCCUCAUUCUAUUCUCCUCCCUUCCAUGGCAGGGGGCUCUCCAGUUGUUGGAGGCCCUCAGGGUGCUCUUGGCAUUGGGCUUGGGGGUCCAUACUUGGGCCCUGAUACCCCAGCCCUCAGAACCCUGAGUGAGUAUGCCCGUCCUCAUGCCAUGUCCCCACUAAGUGCUGCCGCCCGGGCACAGGCACACCAUCCACACCUUCACCACCAUCCUCACCCACACAUGCAUGCACAUGCUCAAGCCCACCCCCAUGUGCAUCCUUCAUUUUUCCUGUCCCAAUUUCAAAAUCCAGCACUUGCACACCCCCACCACCUUCCUGCCGAUGCUGCCACGGCUGCUGCCAUUCUGGGCUUUUUGUAUGGGGGUGGGUUAGAGGGAGGCCCUGUCCAUCCAGGGCCUGGUCCCGGGCCUGGUGGUUUGGCUGGGGCGGGGCUUGGAGGAAUGGGAUUCCCUCAUGCUGUCGCAGCUCAAAGAGAGCGUGUGAAGCCAGGAUUUGAGUUUAAGAGCGAGGAGCGUGUCUACACAGCUGGAGCCUUAGCUGACCCGGCAAUAGCUUUGUCACACGCACACUCGCACGCACACUCACACUCCUUGCUGCUAGGGGGCGGAGCUGGAGGCGGACCUCCUGUUAGUGAGGUUGCCCUUUAUGGUACAACUCCACCUCCUGCUCCACCCCCUCAAGCUUUAGCCGCAGCAGCUAGGAAUCCGAAUCCCGUUCCUCCACCUCUUUCAGUCCCACCCUCAUCCUCGAUUCUCCCAGCCACACUCCCCACCCACCAGGCUCCUGCUGGAGCACCAGUGACGCCAGCAGCCUCCGCACCUCCCCCUCAACCUCCUCCCCCUCCACCUCCUCCUCCUCCUCCAACAGCCUCAUCUCUUCAUCACCCCUCUCCACACUCCACCUUUCCCACUACACACCCUUCUUGCCAGCCCCCACCCCUCCCAGCUCAGGCUCCGCCCUCUGAGCGAUAUCCCACCCCCGUUCGCACUCCUCCCAGCACCGAACGGGCACGGAGUGUGGAAAGGGAGCGGGAAAGAGAAAGAGUGAUCCCUGCUGCAGAGAGGGAGCGAGAGAGGGAUAGGGAAAGGGCUGGGACAGGUGGAGGAGCAGCAGGAGGAGGCACGACGGCUGGAGGAGGAGGAGGCACAGGAGGUGGAGAUUCUCUCAGCCGGCUACAGAUGCUGAACGUGACUCCUCAUCAUCACCAGCACUCACACAUUCACUCUCACCUACAUCUGCACCAGCAGGACACAGCCGCGGGAGGGGUACACCCCCUGAUGGAUCCGCUGGCAUCAGGGUCUCCCCUGGCCCGUCUGCCGUACCCAGGGGCUGCUCUUGGGCCUCCCAUCCUGGCACACUCCCUCACUGACAGCGAGGUGCUUCGACAGCAGCUCUUUGGUGGUCCUUUCCGUGAAAUGCCCCAGUCCUCGUCUCUGGGUGGCUCCAUGUCCGCAGCGCACCAGCUCCAGGCGAUGCAGCAGGCUCAGAGUGCCGAAAUUCAGUUUCAGAGACUCGCCCUGGAACAGCAGUGGAUCCACCACCAUCAUCAUCACUCCCUCACGCAGGACGAGUACUACAGCCACCUAAAGAAAGAGAGUGAUAAAACGCUGUGAGAAGCACAGAGGACAUGAAGACAAGAAAAUGAAGAAGGGAUGAAGUGCAAAUAAUAAAAAAAUAAACAAUCAUUUCAAAACUUCAGCACUGAAUGACAGCAAGCCUGAACUGAGAUCUGGAUGUGACAUCAGAACACAUAUCAUUCAAUCUGAACGAUCCUAAACACAGGUGCAGCAAACAAUGUGUAUAUUCCAAAAAGGUGAGAUUUAUUACUCUGGCGCACAGCCUAGACUCUGUGGCACUGAGCGGAUAUUCCCAAACAUCCCCAAGGAUUCCUCGUUGUGUUGUUUCAUAUACCAGGCAGAGGAGUUUAAGCUGUGGUUCAGUCUGUGUACACUACAUUAUGCCAGAGAGAAUGUCUAAAUAUCAAGUUCACUUUUAUGUCUUUGCAUGUAGCUAGAUACAAAAGGCCCAAUGGGCUAAAACUCUUGAUCUGUUUUUCCUUUUUGUUCGUUUCUGGAAAAAUGGACCACUCUGAAAGAGUGUUUAUGAAAGGGUGCAUGAGAUGAACAGCUUACCUUCAUAAUGUUUCUUUAUCGUGUUCUUAUUCAAAUGAUUAAUGUUGUUUGUUUGUUAAUAAUUAUAUGAUUAUAUAAACAUUAUUUUUUAUUAUUUUUUUACAUUUUCAUGGUACCGCUGUUUAUUUUUUAUGUUCAAUUUACCUUGUGGGAGAAAAAAAAUGCAAGAUAAACGAAAAAUCUGGAAAUAAAAUACCAUUUUUUUCUAUGA